GGAGCCUGCGAUGGCGGAGCGCAGCAGCGGCGAGGCCGGCGAGCGGCCCGGACAGGCGCCGUCGGGGUUUCCGAGCGCCGAGGAGAAGCUGCAGCAACGCCGGGAGAAGAAGCUGCAGAAGAAAAAGAAGCAGCAGCGCCGCGACGCCGGGAAGGACGAGGCGGGGGGGCAGCAGCAGGCGGAGGCGGGGGUCCCCGUCGCAGAGCCCGCCCCGCCGCCUCUAGCACCAGGAGCGGAGCCUUCCACGCCGUCGGCGGCCGACAAGGCGGGCAUCAUGCCGGGCAAGAGCAAGGCGGAGCUGCGCGCGGAGCGGCGGGCCAAGCAGGAGGCGGAGCGGGCGCUCAAGCAGGCGCGCAAGGGCGAACCGGGCCAGGCUGCCCCCGCCGCCGCCGCCGCCCCGGCGAUCCCCAAGGCGCGCCCGCCGCCCGGCGAGACCCAGCCAGGGCUGAAGCGGCUCCCGGAGCACGUGCAGGUGGAUGAUGUGGCGGCACAGAAGAAGCUGGCCAAGAAGCUGGAGCGACAGCAGGUGCCUCUGAGGCCGGAUUACGGGGCCAAAGUAAGCCUCUUCUCCCACCUCCACCAGUACAGCCGCAAGAAGCUCCUGACGCAGCACAUGAGCAUCCCAGCCUCCGCCAUCCACCCGGCGGUGGUACGCCUCGGCCUCCAGUACUCUCAGGGCACCAUCAAUGGCUCCAACGCCCGCUGCAUUGCCCUCUUGAGGGUCUUCAAACAGGUGAUCGGGGACUACACCACCCCAGCCAACGAGGAGCUCUCGCGGGACCUGGUGAACAAGCUGAAGCCCUACAUCAGCUUCCUGAACCAGUGCCGGCCCCUUUCUGCCAGCAUGGGCAACGCCAUCAAAUUCCUCAAGAAGGAGAUCUCAGCGCUGCCCCCCUCCAUGCGCGAGGAGGAGGCCAAGCGGGACCUCCAAAAGGCCAUUGACAGGUACGAGCGGGAGAAGAUUGUCUUGGCGGCCAAAGCCAUUUCCAAGUUUGCCUUAGAGAAGAUCAUUGACGGGGACGUCAUCCUGAUCUAUGGAUGCUCCUCCCUGGUGACGCGCAUCCUCUGCGACGCCCACACCCAGUGCCGCGCCUUCCGCGUGGUGGUGGUGGACAGCCGCCCGCGGCUGGAGGGGCAGGAGACGCUGCGCCGACUGGUCAAGCGGGGCAUCUGCUGCAGCUACGUCCUCAUCAACGCUGUCUCCUACGUCUUGCCCGAGGUGUCCAAAGUGCUUCUUGGUGCGCAUGCGCUGUUGGCCAACGGCUCCGUGAUGUCACGCAUGGGCACCUCGCAGAUUGCGCUGCUUUCAAAGGCCCACAACGUGCCGGUCCUGGUCUGCUGCGAGACCUACAAGUUCUGCGAGAGAGUCCAGACCGACUCCUUCGUCUCCAACGAGCUCGAUGACCCCGACGACCUGAUUGGUGGGAAGCCAGGGAGGACCCCGCUGGCUGGCUGGCAGGAGAGCAAGUCUCUGCGCCUCCUCAACCUGGUCUAUGACGUGACCCCCCUGGAGCUGGUGGACCUGGUCAUUACGGACUUGGGGAUGAUCCCUUGCACCUCCGUCCCAGUCGUGCUGCGGGUCAAGAAUGUGGAGCAGUAAUGCCAACGGGGUGGGGUGGGGUCAAUAAACCUGUGUGUGCCCUGC